GACGGAAUAAAUUUCUCUGAGAAGUAGGCUGAGUUAUCAAUUCUCAAUAGAGACGACCGCAAAAUGCCCGUGAGAGUGGUGGAGGGUUCUUCCGCACUUUCCCAGCCUUCAGGUGGAACUUCAGGAAAUACUUUGCCUUCAGUCUGUACACUUCUAAGUGUUGGACAGGCAUUUUCUGGGACUCAGAAUGUCUCAAGUCAGCAAAAAGAUGAAGCUUGGAGAGUAAAUGUGCGAAUUCAAGGUUGUGACCUUGAUCAUGGAUAUCUCUGUGGUACAAUGGAAGCUCUUAAUGUUCCUAUGGCAGAUACACCAGUAGUUACUUUCUGGGAAGGAGAAAUUGUUGAUACCAAGAACUAUACUUUCUUCACUGGCAAAUGGGGUGCCACAUCAGAAGAUGACAUAAAGCACUGGACCAAGUUUCCGUCAUUUUCACCCCUUCUGAGCCAAGUGGACGUCGAUGGCGGUAAAUCACUGGACCUGAGUAACUACCCAUACAUAUUCAUGAGAUGGAAAGAACAAUACUUCGUGAAUGUUGGAACAGACUGUGGGUUGACAAUAGCUGGUUUUUACUAUGUUUGCUUCUCCUGUAGUGAUGGUUCCAUCAAUGGCUUCUAUUACGAUCCUAAUAGCAGUCCUUUUCAGAAGUUGGAACUGAAAUCCACAAAUGAGGGAAGAUUGGGUUUCAGUUUUUCCUCAUAUGAGUUGCAGUGAAUCGUCAUCAAGAUCGGUGUAUGGAUGGUCAGUAAAUAUUAGCUUUUACUGGCUUUGAUAUGUUAUUUCUGAGUUGUCCAUCAGAUUUGCUCAUUGUCAAGUGGACGCGAAAUUUCCAGUAUACACAUUUGAGACUUGGCAAUGGAUAGAGCUACAGGGAACAGAGGUCCUGAUUUAGUUCACUUUUCCAGUAGAUGAAGAUUUAUUAAGGAGUUGAAUCCUAGUGACAAAGUAGUCAUUUUAUUUGAGAUUUGUUUUAGUGGUAUAUUCUUAUUAU